GCACAAGUAUAGCUGUUUUAUCAACCAUUGCGCGCCAAACUAGUCCAAAAACCCCUAUUAUACAUUGAUAUAUAAGGAGAGUCGGAGAGAUGCAGAUAGAGAGAAGAGAAGCAGAGAGAGGAAGGCAAAAUGUUUAUGCUGUGCUUCGUAUUGGAUCUGAGGAGCCUAUCGCCUCCAUUACUUCGAGACCUAAAGAAGUCGCUGUUGCAGCUCGCCAAUUUCUAUGCCGUUUCGGCUCCGAUCGCUGAGAGACUACGCUCCAAGCCACUCACUGAUCGGAUCGGACUUUGCUAUCUCUUCAAAAAUCGAGUUUCUUCUUCCGAUGAGUUAAAGGUUGCAUACAGUCCAAGAGGAAACUUCAGUCUUCGUGAUUUCCACCAUGCGGUCAACAACCUGCCAACUGAUGCCUUCUUGCCUGAAUUAAACGAUUCUGGAGCUCUCUAUUGCCGUGAUUUGAAACUUUUAAGCAUCCUAAGCCAUGAAGGUAUAUACUCAUGGGGUUGUCAUGAAAAAGAUAUUGCGAGAAAAGUGAUUUUGAUUAGCUCUUGCUUUGUUGAAGACCUAGAUUCUGCUAUGAGAAAGACUCUCAUGGAUGCAGGAGAAAACUGUGUCUCAGUUGAGUUUGUAUUCUUGGAGCAAAACUUGAGCCAUCUUAGUGACAUGCCACGAAAUAUCAUCAAAUUUGACAAGCAUAUCAGUGAUCUCGAGAAUUGCUCAUUUCGAACCUAUCUUCCAGAUGCACAGGUAUUGUGUGGCCUGGUAAAACGAUGGUUACAGGAGUUGAAUGAUGACGUGGAAGAAUCAUUACAGGCUCGCUUCAUCUUUAAGAGCAACAUUUUUGGUUCUUUCAAUCAGAUAUCCUGCAAUUUGUACCCAUCUGUCAUUAACAUAAUCGACAGAUUCAGUCCCUGUCAGACGUGCAGGUGUCAUGGUAUUCCAUUAGAUGGUGCAACUGGAAAGACAAAGAGGUCGUCUUGUCCAGUUACAGGCAGUGAUCUAGGAAUGCUUGAUUUGAAUGAAAAUUCUGUGAAGGUUGGAGAACAAACAAUCCUGUUUCUGCCCUCUUUCAAGAGCUGUGUGAAGCAUCAGCAAGCUUCUUUGCCGAUUGACUUCAAUGUUAUUGAGAGGACUAAUUUAGGAUCUCUAUGCGAAGGGCUUGUUUUAGGAACGUCCUACAUGGUAACUUCAUCAACUUUUAAUGAGUCAGAUGAUACGUCAGAGCUAAAUACUCAAGUUUUUCAGGGGCUUUCAAGUGUACUUCAUUCCUUUGACCAGGGUUUAGUUUGCUAUUCAAAUUGUCAAAUAGAAACUAUGAUGGAGGCUUCCUUCUACUGCUAUUAUAUUCUUCUCCCUUCAGACAAAGGUCUAAUGAUUCUCAGGCGCCUUGCAGGAUCAGAGGAUGUUUUGCCAUCCCCGGAUGUCAGUCAAUUAUUUGGUUCUUCAUCAUCUAAGGAGAUUGAAAACUCUGUCCAAGGCUCUUUACUGAAGAUGGAAGUAAAUGACUACAAUCCCUUCCUGCAUGAGAGAGGCUUCCAUCAAAAACUAAACUUGCUUGUAAAAGAGAGCUUGCAGUUUGGCUCAAUAACUUCCAGUUGCAAAGUUGAGACCUCUGAACCGAACUCAACGAAGAGAGAUUCUUCAGCAGAGGCUAUGCCAUCAAAGCCAACAAUAGAUGUUGUAAUAAUAGAUAAGGAAACUCCAGAGAUGGAUCUGACUGUCCAAGAAGACAAGACUACCGCUAGCAUUGCGGCAGAAUGGGAACAGCUGAUUGUCAGUGAAAUCCCCAAAAUAUAUUCUCCCACUUGUGUUUCUAAACCGAAGUUGGAUCGACCAGUCCUGUCACAGGUAGAUACUAAUAGGCAAUUGGAUGAAAGAACAUCGAGGAUAUUGGAGAGGCUGGAGAUCCCAAAACAGCAGAAAACAAAGGUAGUUUCACCCAUUAUCGUAAGCGGUGUCAAUGUUGAUGCUUGUGUUUCAAGAAAGACGCCUCUGAUCCCGUUCCCAUCCACUCAAGCAGCAGACCAGAACACAACAGGAUCCCAACCUAUGAAACCCAAUUUCCAGAGGCUAAAAAGAAAACAGAGGUGAAAAGGGGAUUUGAUUCAUAUAAAGCCUGCACGCAUUCUUGCAGAAAUGUUCCACGAGGUUAGUGAAUUCCUUUUUUUUUUUCUCUAUUUGUUUGGUUUAGUAUUUCAUGCAUACUCCUGCUACAUGUACUGUAAAUACAAGAACCUGCAUAACCGUUCUAAUAUGAACAGUAUGAUCAAUGAGGCUGGAAAUACAAACCACAGUUUUCCUGUU